UGUCAUUUUUAUCAAAUUCAAAUUACGCUGUAAGGUUAAGUUUCGCAAGACUGCAGACUGCAGUACAUAUUAACACACUUCCCGUCUCAAAGGAUUAUUAAAAGAAAACCAACCGCGCGAGUUUUUGCAAUGGGCUAUUAGUACGAUCUCCCUAAUAAAAAAUCACUUUCCUUCCAAAUAGCAUGUCGGCGUUGCGGUUUAAAUUUUUCCUCAGAGAUACCGCAGUUCGAAGAUUUUGGAAUACAUGGACUCGAAAUUAUCUUAUAAAUACUGUAGUGAGAAAGUUCAGACGUGACCGAGGUGUCAGGGAGGUUAUACAGUGUUUCAAACAAGUAAUUUUCCGGCCACGGCGAACCUUGCUGUUGACGGCCACCGCGGUGUGUAAAGGUCGUGAUAAAGGGUUUCCCUGCGAGCAAGGCAUAUCUGAUAAUGAAUUACAGGAAUUACUCGAAGAAAUGGAAGGGCUCGAGAAAUUGGCCAAGCUGACUGUAUAUUGCACAAGUUGUGGAAAAAGAUUAGUGAUUGAUAAGAAACAGAAUGGAGUCUCAUACUGUGUAUGCAAAGACUCAAAACCUAGCCAAGACUCUGUCGACGGUUGGGUGCCAUAUAUGGAAGCUGUUGAUGUUAUUAUAUGGAGGAAGGAAUAUAAGCCGGGAACUGGGCAAUACGCUUAUAAAGUCUAUGGUCGAUAUCCGGAAGUAUCAGCUAGUGAUUACGCGGCCGUACAAAUAGAUGGCGCUUAUCGAAAGGCCUGGGAUAGUGCGGUGGCUGCGUUAUCUGUGGUGCAGAGAGGUGCUCAUGGCAUUGCUGAUCAGGCGGUUAUGCAUUGGGAGGUUCUCUGGCCUAGACUAUUUGCGAAUCGUGAUUACGUUUACAUAAGACGUCACAAGGAAGUCGAACUAACGGCGCCAAAGACGUACGAGUUCACGAGCGUGCACGCGAAAGCGAGACAGAAAUAUGAAGAGGAGGCGAGUGAGAGGGAUGGCAAUAAGGUGUACAUUAUACUAUCGAAGGCGUGCGAACAUCCAGACGUACCGGAAACGAAGCACGCGAUCCGAGUCACGGAGUACUGGAGUCAUAUGGUGGUGAAGACCAUUCAUGGUGCUGAUAAGCCCGGUAUGGAGUUCGUUCUAACGUACUACGACGAGCCGGCCGUGGGCGGAAUGCCGGGCGGUGUCGCCGCAUGGGCGUCGAGUCGUGCCGCCCCCGACUACUUGUUGAAAAUGAGGAAGGCGGCCACAAACUACAGAAGCUGGGCGGAUCGUAGGGGUAGACAGGAUUUACCAGACUUCACACCAUUUGGUCCGGAUCAAGUGAGUUUUGAAGAGAACGUUCAACAGAUAAACGAACAAGAUAUGGAGUCAUCAAAAUUAGGUCCAGAUUUAGAGUGUGAUAUCGAAAAAAAAGAUAAAGAAACACAGACGGAUAUAAACGAUGAUAAAAUUGUAAAAAGCGUGGAAACAACGAAUGAAGCAAAAAAUGAGAAAGUCGAAGAAAAUGUGGAAAACAAAGUUGAAUCCCAAAGUGAAGCAUCAGGUGAUACUGAAAAGCCAGAAAGUGUUAAACCAAGUGAACGGGAGGAAAGUGUAGAUGAAAAAGAGGAGAAAGAUACAACGGAAGACAAUGGAAACGGAAGCUGGUGGAGAUAUCUGUAUCCUUUCUAUUAUUUUGUAUAGAUUAAAAAUGCUGACUGUACCGUUCUAGUAUUACGUAAGCAGAUUGAGAGCGCGACCACACGAUGCGUUAACGGUGUAGUGCGGUGCCGCAAAGUACAUAGAAAUUACUAUACCAUGUCACACGACGCGUCGCACCGCAAGCGCGCCGGACUAGUGACCUGCGAGACGAGGCGGGGAAGGGUAAACAUUGCCACACCGCAACGCACCCGGGUGGCCUAUAGCUCGAAAUAAUUGCGGUGCGGCGCCGUUAUCGCAUUGUAUCGCCGCGCUCUUACUGUAAUUUAUCCCCCCUCUUUUAUCAGCAAAAGUAAGCUAAGCUCUCAAAAAUAAUAGUAAUAGUAUUAAUUUUUGUAGGCAUCGUGGAAAAUGCGUUUUGUUUUCAAGCCGUAAUCAUCUAAAAAGAUCGCCAAGAUCGUCUCCCCCCUCUCCCACUAUAGUGCUUACGCAAUACUUGAACCUGGUUCUUGGCUAUAUGAAAUUCAAUUUUAACAUUGAAUUUAACUGUCAUGAUACACAUGUGAACUGUUCGGUACUGUGUCAAGUUUGUGGCUUUUAACGGUACUGUCACUGUCAAAGUGGUCGGUUUUGACAGCACUUUAACUGUCAUUUUAUUUGUAUCAAAUGUGACUUUGACGGGCUAUGUCAGUGGUCCAUUACCAGAGACAGAAAAUCACUUUGCGACGGGCGUGUCCCAUUACCGCCAAAGCAUUUUAUGGGGCGUUUUGGUCGCGACUGUCGGGAAGCGAUAUUCUCUCAAUCCCAUGGUCUUUUACAUGCAUGGACAGUAUUUGUAGCAGAACCCAGUUUCAACAGAACCUUAAACGAGGGGUCGGUUGAUCUUUUAAAGUGAUUUUAACAACAAGUCGGUAUAUGUCAAAGUUGUCACUGUCAAAAUGGUGUGACAAAAUAGCUGUCACUGUGACAGUGUAAAAUGUGUGACUUUGACGGUAGCUAGAUUUUAAUUAUAGACGAAAACACUUUGCGAUAAGCGUGACCCAAAGGAAGAUGUAUACAAAUGGGCGUGGUCAUAUAGUACCCGCUGAACUGUUUAACUGUGCCAUAAGCCAAAUUGUCCACCUUAUUUACUAAGCCUGUAUUGUAAACGUCAAAUUAACUAGUAUCAAGAGCUUUUUCCUGUAUAGAUCUUAGAAUAAUUAUGGUUGAUUGAAGCUUUGGGAAUUCACGCAUUUUUCCUUGGAAAAAAUUCCAUAGAAAAUAUUUAUGUAGCAUUUAUUUUUGACAUUUUGUGGAAUUCAAAUUCGCUCGCUCCAAAACUUUCGAAGCAAUAGACAAUAUCGAACCCAGACCUGAGACCUUAUAGCGAUUCCAACAACGCCAAUAAUUCAAAAUCGGCCAUGGGUUUUACGGGAAACAGAGAUUACUCCGCUGGCGACCCAAAAAGUGGCCUUUCAACCAACCAUCCAGCUCCAGUGAAACUUCCGCAGAACUAAUUGCAGCUAUUAGCAGCAACAACAACAGCAGCACUCCCCCAAUCGAAAGUCUUCCUUCACCGACCUUGGCCACGGUGCCACUGCCAACGUUCUCAAUUCUGUUCGCGCUGUUCUAGCUUAUUAUAUAAUUAAUUAAUUUCCAAGCAGCUUUUUUUAGCUCUGAUCAGAAAAUUAAUUGGACAACCCAGCCUGCCCGCUAUUACCCCCUACUUAUGUCCCCCCCCCCCUACUAGUUUUAACUCAAUGCCAGUUUUAAGUAAAAUGGGAAAGUACACACGCGACGAAAUAAACAAAGAUAUCUAAAGGAAACGAAGGGAUAAGCUAUUAGAAACAAAAUAUAGACAUACACAUAUUAAAUAUUAAUUACUGAUUAAGGAAGAAGCUAUUGAUAAAGGAUAAAGCAAAAGAGGAAUUUAGCCGGAAACGGAACAUGUAGUAAUUGUAAGGAAUUCAGAAAGGUGGUGCUGUCAUAUUGGGAACAAGAAAAUAAAAUAUGGUUGAGGUCACAAACAUCUCCACACUAAAACAACUUUUAUGAUUCCUGAAAUAAAAUUUUAGAAUAGCGCCAUUUGUCUGGAUAUAGCUAACUUGACAUGUCUGUUUCCUAUUAUAACUCCGUAAGAAAGUUCGGUGUAGUCUUUGUAGCUGAUCGAAGCAACAGUAUUGGAAUGUCGGAAUCGCUAUUAAAGCCUGUCGGUAGUAAUAAUGUCAUACAUAAUAUUUAUUAGGUAGAUUUUAAAUAAUAUGGAGACGUCGGCUUUAAAUAUUGCGUGUUUAAGAUUUAGAAAAUGCGCCCUACGACGUAGUUGAUCUAGCUGUCUCUGUCGCACGUGCGUUGUUGUUAUACAAAGAAAAGAGACAGUAUGAUGAAUUACAUAACGUUAAAUAUGUAUGAUUUUAUUUAUAAAUCAUAAAUAAAAUAAUACAUUAAUUUAAUUCUAUUAAUUUAUUAUUUAUGGUUUCAAUAUAAAUAAAAUCGUAUCUUUUUGGAGAAAAAUAUUUAGUAAAAUGUUAAUUCAAAGAUGCGCCAUUUUGAAAAUUACAACGAUGACAGUUUCAGUUAUAAAAACGCGCCAUGUCAAAUGUCAUCACAGAUUACACUUGACAAAGUUGAAUCUUGGGCAAUAUUUCCAGCCGAGUAUGCGAAAACUAUCUAUUCCAGAUACUAUAGUAUGAGUGUUUGUAGAUUUAUAGCUUUAUAUUAUGUACAAAUUAUAAUAAUAUGUAAGUUGUUAUGUUAUACACUUAGUUCUGAAUAUAUGUUAUGUUUUAUA